UUUAUCCAUUUUUGCCAACAAUAUUUCAGUUGUUGCUAAAACAUUGUUGUAAAUUCCAUAUUUUCUUGUAGUGACAGGACCAGACUACAACUCUUACUUAAUUCAUACUACAUAUUUUCUCCUAACAAGUGCAAAAAUCCAAAUACUGGUCCAUCUCAUCUAAAGAACUGCUAUAACACCAGAAAUACAAGUUUUUAAUACAUUUGUUUUUGACUCUGGCAAUCUGCAGCCAUUUCGCUCCAGCCAUAAUGUCCACGUUAUGCAGUUGGGAAUAUUUUUUCAUAUUAGCUUUAAGCUCCUUUUUACUCUUUGGGAUUGCCACAUUUCCAGCAAGCUACUAAUCUUCUGAGUAUGCCCAUUACGUUCAAGAAAAAUUCCCAGCAUUAUCUUGAAAAUUUGCAAUGCCAGAAGAGAUGCUCAACUGUUUCCUCCUCUGAGUUGCAAAAAUAACAUCUACUGCACAGAGAAAACCCUCUCCUCUGUAACUUAUGCUGGGUUUGGCAGGCAUCCCUAGCUGCUAGCCAACCAAAAAAAGCUGCUUUCAUAGGUGCUUUAGUUCUCCAAAUCAUCUUCCAAGGCCAGUUUAGAGUUCCCUGACUAGUUUGUUGUUGCAACAUUUUGUAACAAUUAUUCACUGUGAAUAUAUUAUCCCUGCUGCCGAUCCAAAUUAGCCUAUCUGUUUUGUGCUGAUCUAUUGAACAUGAAUUCAGAAGUUGAUGCAGUUCACAGAAACUAUCCACUUCCCAGUCGUUCAGAUUUCUUCUGAACAUUCCAUCCUAAUUCUGCUUUAAAACCUGCAACAUAGGCCUCUUUAUUUAACACACAGUUAAAUAGAUCUGGAAAUCUGCUUUUGAAGCUCUCAUUACCACACCAAAUAUCCAGCCAAAAUUUUAUCCUACCACCAUUUUCCAACUCCAAACUGGUAUGCUGUAAAAAUUCGUCCCACCAGCCACCAAUCAUUUUCCAAAUCCCGCCACAACUUCUCAGUUGAGAAGGAAUUUGUUUCCACCCAAUCUUUGCACCAUAAAUGGCAUCUAUUAUUUUCUGCCAAACUCCCUCACCCUCUCUACUAUAUCUCCAUACCCAUUUAAAUAGUAAGCUUUUAUUGUGCAAUUUCAGAUUCCUCACUCCUAGUCCACCUCUCUUUUUAUCUUCAAUAACCAUUUGCCAUUUAACCAGAUGUGACUUCUACUUGUCUGAGCUUCCAUCCCACAAAAAGUUCCUUCUUAUAGAAUCUAAUUUCUUUUCUACUUAUUUAGGCAUACUGAAUAAGGACAUGGUGUAUGUGGGUAUCCCAUCCAAGACACUAUUUAUUAGAGUCAGCCUGCCCCCAAAAGAUAAGUAUUGCUUCUUCCAUGGAGUAAGUUUAUUGCUGCACCUUUCAAUGGCACCUUGCCAAAUGUUUUUAUCCUUUCUCUUUGCCCCUAAAGGUAACCCCAAAUUGACAGUAGGGAAAUUUUCUACUUUACAGCCCAUAAUCUCAUCAUCAUUUAUACUAAAAAUGCUACUUUUAGCCAAAUUGACUUUUAAUCCACUGACUGCCUCAAAACAUAGUAGCACCCUUCUAAAAUACAGGAUUUGUACUCUCUCUCCUUCACAAAACAGGAGAGAGUCAUCAUCAUAGAGGAUAUGAGUAAGUAUCAUCCCUUCCUGAUCAUUCUUGCCUAUUCUGAGACCUCUAAUCCAUCCCAGAGCUUCUGCUUAACUCAGCGAACUACUAAAGAUUUCCAUUACCAAGACAAAUAAAUGGGGUGAAAGGGGAUCUUCUUGCCUGAUACCUCUGUGAGAACUGAAAAAGCCUUGUGGAUUUCCAUUAAUUAAAACGGAAAAUUUCACCAAUGAAAUGCAAAAUCUUAUCCACUUCGACCAUUUUUCACCAAAAUUCAUCAGUUUGAACAAUUUCAAUAAGCAAUCUCAAUUGACAUGAUCAUAAGCCUUCUCUAAAUCAAGCUUACAAGCUACUCCUUUUUUCUUUCUCCUCAACUGAUUAUCCAAACUUUCAUAGCUUCUUCUUACAAUCUCGAUGCUUUAGAUUUUCAUUGUUAUUCUAUGACACAUUGAGAAUGUCAAGAUAAGCUUUUGAUGAUGGCAGUAUUUAGAGAACUCCAUUUUUGAAUCCAGACUUGGAAGAAGUAGCUUUGCCUUUGGAAGAAUAUGCAUCUUUAGGGGAGUUCUUUGUCAGAAGAUUGAAAGAGGGUACCAGGCCUAUUGAUUGCAAUCCAUGUUGUCUGGUAACUGGUUAGUCCAGUUGAUGGUACUGUUCUCCAAUUUGGGGAGUUGAAAAAAGCUGGGGCUAUGAUUGAGCAAGUCAAAGGAUUCUCUUAUUCUGCUUCUUCACUUCUUGGUGCCAGCUCCCUUCUUCCCAUGGCUGUGGUUGAUGACAAUACAAAUGAAGAUGGUGGGCAAGAGGGUUCUACGGAUGAUGCAAAUCAAAAGUCUUGGUGGAGAGUUUCAUUGGCUUCUCCCAAAGUCCGAGAUCCUGCACCAGCAUGUCCAUUGAAAGGUCUCUUUUACUGUGUGAUUUACUUGAGACCUGGAGAUUAUCAUCGCAUACACUCACCAGUUGAUUGGAAUGUUCUUGGUCGUCGACAUUUCUCUGGUCGUCUCUUUCCCAUGAAUGAACGAGCUACCAGGACAAUAAGAAAUCUUUACGUGGAGAAUGAAAGGAUUGUGCUCGAAGGUAAAUGGCAAGAAGGUUUUAUGGCAAUGGCAGCCAUAGGUGCAACAAAUAUUGGCUCCAUUGAG